GUCGCUGAAAAGAACGAGGUUGUAGAGCAUCAAGAAAUCAUGGCCUCAGGGAUGUCCUGUUCUGUCCGUCUUGAACGCAUGCAUGUGGACAUGGAGCUCCGUACAUACAGGAUUGGUGACAACCUUUAUGAGUUCCUGCAUUUCCCCAGCUGCGAAGACACUACAGGAAAGGAAAAGACAAAGGAUCGAGAUCAACUUAAAAACAAAAUCAGGAUAGCAGAUGAAUCUAUAAAGACUGAAAUUUCACUUGAUCAUCAGAAAAACAAAACCGAAAUAACAGAAGAAUCUAUAAAGAUUGAAAUGGCCCUUGAUCUUACAGAGAUGCUAUAUCAAUGUGCCUAUUGUACUUACUCCAGCAACCAGAUGGCACAUUUACACCUUCAUCAACUUCAACAUACUGUUGCAAAUGUCGACCACAAGGCAUAUUUACAUGUUGAUCAAAGUAAAUAUACUAUCGAAAAAGUCGAAAAGCCUCACAAAUGCUCCUACUGCAGCUAUACUGCCUGUAUUAAAAGCCUUAUAAAAAUACACGAGAGGAUACACACUGGUGAAAAACCUUACAAGUGUAAGUAUUGCAGUUACGCUAGUGCCACAAGCAAAGUACUAAGAAUACAUGAAAGAAUACACACUGGCGAAAAGCCUUAUCAGUGCCAAUACUGUACUUACGCCAGUGCCAAGAAAUGUGCACUAAAUCUCCACGUAAGAACACACACAGGUGAAAAGCCUUACGAGUGUAAAUACUGCGGCUACAGGGUUGCCAAUAAAAGUCAUAUGACAACCCAUGAAAGAAUACACACUGGUGAAAAGCCAUACAAAUGUAACUACUGUAGCUACGCGAGUGGCCAUAAAAGCGAUGUAAAUGUUCAUGAAAGGAUUCACACUGGCGUGAAACCAUACACAUGUAACUACUGUGAUUACGCUAGUUAUCUAAAAAGUACUAUAAAAGUACACGAAAGAAAACAUACUGGUGAAAAGCCAUACAAAUGUACUUACUGUAGUUAUACUACUGCCCAAAAAGGGCAUUUAAAGGCACAUGAAAUGACACAUACUGGUAUAAAACCCUACACAUGUGAUCAAUGUGAUUUUGGUAGUAUGUUUAAAAGCAGCCUACUAGAACACAAAAAGGGCCACAUGCACCAACCGCAAGUGACGGAAACUGGGCCCCUUUCGCAAGUGCCCGGUGACCAUAUAGAUGUAAUAAGCGGCAACUAAGAUAAUGAAGGCACUAAUACAUUUACGUACCAAUGUCGGCGGCGGAUCGUAAGAUCAGGCAUAUCGUGAAAUUCCUAGUCAUAUCGUGAAACGUGAAAAUCUUUGACUCGUUCCCUGAGUCGACGUAGCGGGGCUCCUAUUUCUGGGCAGUUUGCCCUUCCGGCAUCUGAAGCAACCUAACAAACCUAUCCUACCUAUAUAUUGGUUUAAUGUGACUAUCGUCAAAACAUUACAUAGGCACAUCACUAUCUGCCUGAUCUUACGAUCCGCCGCCGACACCGAUACCGAUACGGGAUAUAGUACCGAUGCACACAAAAAAUGUGUUCGUGUGUUAGUCAAUCCGAAUAGAAUAGAAUAAAACUUUAUAAAGAAACUUUUUAAACUUUUUUUUUUGUUUUUUUUUUUUUAAACUUUAUAAGUAAAUGAAACAGUCGCUUCUUAGCGAUAAUACCGCCUGUCGUUGCCUAACUUUCAACUGUAAUUCAUUUUCUGUGUAUUUUUAACUUACAUUUACAUUUUUAAGGGCCACUUGUACCAUUCCAAUAACCCGGGGUUAACCGGUUAAACCUCGAGUUACCAUAGUUACUAGUACAAUUUGACACUGGGUUAUCAGUUUAACCGCUUAACCCCGGAUUAGUGGGAUGGUGCAAGUUGCCCUUAGUUACAUAAUUCAGACCCAAGUGCAACAGUAUUAUUUUAUAUACGUGUAUGUUUGACGCAUCAAAAAGAGAAAUAGAGAUAGCUGCAAACCUUAUUUUAUUAAACAUGGCACUCACUCUACCAAUUAUUUACAUUUUAGAAUUAGACAUGUGUGUCAGAAACAAGUGCGAGUCGGACUCGCGCACAAAGGGUUCCGUACCGUAAUGCAAAAAAAAAAACGGUCACCCAUCCAAGUACUGACCACUCCCGACGUUGCUUAACUUUGGUCAAAAAUCACGUUUGUUGUAUGGGAGCCCCAUUUAAAUCUUUAUUUUAUUCUGUUUUUAGUAUUUGUUGUUAUAGCGGCAACAGAAAUACAUCAUCUGUGAUAAUUUCAACUGUCUAGGUAUCACGGUUCGUGAGAUACAGCCUGGUGACAGACGGACGGACGGACGGACGGACAGCGAAGUCUUAGUAAUAGGGUCCCGUUUUACCCUUUGGGUACGGAACCCUAAAAAAAUAUAGAUGAGAUGUUCAGAGGGCUACCAUAUAAACUAGAACUACCUACGCCAGUAUUAAGAAUAUAUUUACUGAGAAAGCCUUCAUUACUCGGUCGUGAAAUAUUAUAUUCAAGUCCCGAUUUUUAUAAAGAUUUUGUCACUGAUUCUUUUGUUAGAAUUAGAUCGAGGUAAGUCUGCAACGCUUUUGAUAGUACACGCAGUGCAAGUGUUAUUUAAUACGUCAUAAUUUCAUAGAAGUUUGACGUUUAAAAUGACACUUGCACUGCGUCUGCUGUCAAAAUCGUUGCAGACUUAUCUCGGUCUGACUCUCACAUAGUAGGGAUCUCUUAAUAUGUACUAUAAAACUAGUUAAGAAAGUAUUUAGUACUUAAGUUAUUUUAAUAAUAUGUACUUAGUUUAAGAAAAUGUUUACCAUUCCUUUUUAGGCGCCAUGAGACUAUUAUUUUAUAACUUAGUUUCAAUACCACGAUGUAUUUUUUUUUAAUUCGCUGCUUAUUUUCGUAGUCGACACCAGUGGCGGAUUUGCAGUCUUUGCCGCCGCUAGGCCCCAGGCCCUGUAGCCGCCCCUUUCAAGGCACCCAAUUGACUACAUUUUGAGUUAUUUCUUGUUACCAUCAGCGAAUUUUUUGUCAUAAUUUGCCGCACUAGGCCCGGGCCUACAGUGCCUUAGGGAAAAUCAGCCACUGGUCGACAUCUAGCGUCAAGUAGCGGAUUUAUCAGUACCGCUACUUGACACUAGAUGUCACGAGUGUCGCGCAAACAUACGGAUAGCAAAGUAAAAAUUAUUUAUAAUUUUAUCAAUAAAUAUCUCAAUCUCAAACAAAAAUUAAAAAAUGCGACCUUUUGGAACACCGGUCCAAUCGCUCUUAACCAGCUGAGCUAGGAGUUUCAAGUUGUAUUGAUAAUUUACCAGUAUGUUACCAUUUUUCCUUUAAUAUGAAAAUUCGGAAAAUUAAUACCAAAAUAUUGCUUUGGUAAUCCGCGAAAAGAUGACGUGCUAACCUGUUAUACUUGCGUAUUUUUUACAUGCAAUUUAAUGUAAUUGCAAGUAUAACGGGUUAGCACUGGUUGACUAGCAUGUUAUCUUUUCGCGGAUAGCAAAGUAAUGUUUUGGUAUUAAAUAAUAUAGAUUUUUGAAAAGUAACGCCUGAUAAAUCAUUAUUUGAAAAUUCGGAGAUUCAGAGAUGUGAUGUGACAUUGUAUCUUUAAAGUAAUUAAUAAAUAAUGAAUUUUACAAUUAA